AUGGUGAGAGCGUGGUAUCUGGAAGGUGAUGACGGCGGCAUCAAAGCUGUGUCGCAGGAGAAUGGCCGGGUGAAGUUGAUUGGCGUGGAUGAACUGACAGAGAAGACUGGGUUGUUAUUCUGGACGAUAGAUGUGGACAGCAUAAAAAACAUGAAAGAGAACGAGACGCUGAAGAAGAUAAAGCAAGAACGCGGCUACACGUGGGAAGACGACAUCGAGAUCUCGAAGGGAACUCUUCCAGACUUCGAAGAAAAGACGAAGGCUUUUGCCACGGAGCACAUGCACCCGGAUGAGGAAGUCCGUUUGGUAUUGGACGGCACUGGGUUCUUUGACGUCCGCGAUCGUGAAGACCGCUGGAUACGUCUGCAAUUUCAAAAAGGAGACAUGAUAGCGCUACCCCCCGGCAUGUACCACAGGUUUAACCUCGGUUCAGACGAGGGUUACCUUAAGCUCCAUCGUAUUUACUCCACCGUGCCGCAGUGGACUGCACACAACCGUAUAGCAGACGACUAA